UACAGCUCUCCAUUUUGUUUGCAACGUGAAAACUAUAGAGAAACGAACGUCAAUCUUUUAAACCUAAUAUAAAAAGUUGCAAAACUAACUCAGGACGCUUCGAAACGCUGCAAAAUAGAGAAUAUCGACCACGAAUAUGGACAACAUAGAGCGAUUAUACAAAUGCUAUGAGAUUCUGUCGGAGGCGGGCGAUAAAAUAUCAGAGCAUGUGGAUGAAUAUAAAGAGAUACUUAAAGCCGUAAAGGGAUCAUCGAAGGAAAAGCGCUUGGCGUCUCAGUUCAUCGGGAACUUCUUCAAACACUUUCCGGAUUUGGCCGACACAGCUAUCGAUGCACAGUUUGAUUUAUGCGAAGAUGACGACACACAGAUCCGACGCCAGGCCAUCAAAGAUUUACCAAAACUUUGCCAGGGAAACGCUGACGCCACCAUCCGAGUGGGCGACACUCUGGCCCAGCUUCUGACUCUCGACGAUGCUAUGGAACUGCAGCAGGUCAAUAACUCGCUAUUGGCUAUAAUUAAAUUGGAUACAAAGAGCUCUAUCACUGGAUUGUUUCAACAAAUAGCCACUGGGGAUGAGACGACAAGGGAGCGCUGCCUCAAGUUCAUUGCAACCAAGUUGCUGACCAUGGGUCCCACAGUUAUAACCAAGGAAAUCGAGGACUACGUCGUGGAGGAGAUCAAAAAGGCGCUGCAGGACGUCACUGCUGAUGAGUUUCAUCUAUGCAUGACGAUUCUGGGUGCGACCAAACUAGGCAGCACCAUCACCGGACACGCUGAGCUCGUUAAGCUGGCAACGGAGCAGGCGGAGCUCAAUAACACAGAUACUGACAUAAUUGCCGUCGAUGAUGAGGUCGUUGAGCGAUUUAUACAGUGCGCCACUGCAGCGGCACCUUACUUUUCGAAAACCAUUAAAUCGACAGCCUUUGUGGCUCACGUUUGCGAUAAACUGCUGCCCAUCAAGACCUGGAACAUGAUCGCCACUGCAGUGUCGCAAGAUCAAAUUCAACUUAGAUUACUGAAAGUAUUCGCCGAGAUGAUAACCUACACAGACAAGCUGGAGAAUGCCAGCGAACGUAUUAAUGCAGUUUAUCAUGUAUUACUGGAAUACAUGCCUUUGCCGAAGCUGAGCGUUGAGGAUCUGGGAGAUACCCCGCCCUCAUUUCAAUUUUCACACGCGGAAUGUCUUCUGUACGCUCUGCACACGCUAGGAAAGAAUCAUCCAAAUAGUUUAAGUUUUGUCGAGGAUGCAGAGAAGCUAAAAGACUUUCGAGCUAGAUUGCAAUAUCUAGCCAGGGGAACACAGGGAUAUAUUAAAAAGUUGGAGGAGGCGCUGAAGGGCAAGACUGGGGAGGAGUUAAAGACGGAGGAGAACCAAUUAAAGCAGACAGCGCUGAAGACUACAUCGAACAUCAACGUAUUAAUACGUGAUUUAUUCCACUCACCGCCCAUAUUCAAACAUGAUAUUGUGCUGUCCUGGAUUGUGCCAAAAAAUACAAAGCUUGGCAAGCGCCAUGCACCCAUCACUUUUGGGGAAAAAGCUGCUGCCAAUGGGAAGGAAAAAAAGGAUCAGGAGCCAGAGAAGAAGGCGCGGGCUUCCAACGAACAAAAGUUCUACUCGCCACCAUCUGGAAAAUACUCAAACAAGGUGAACCAAAACUACGGCAAAAACAAUCGGACGAUACAACGAGGUGGUGGUGGUGGCGGCGGCGGUGGAGGAGGAGGAGGCUACAGGAAUCGUCGCUUCAACAAAUACUAAGUAAACAAUAAGAGAGGAAGAGUAGCAGCAGCGAGUACUUCACUUGAAUGGUUUGUCCCUAGUCCGUAAACAUAAAAAAACAACCAGAGAUUGGAUACGUGCAGAAUAAACAAUACUGAAAGCAUGCUGCAACAAAGCAUGUAAACAUUUUAACAUAAACAAGAACGUUCCCAGAAGCUGAUGGGUAAGUACGACUUCCGAUUUCAAAUUAACAUUCUCCCUUUCGUCCCUUUUCAGCGCAAUUUAUUCUCAUGGAAAGUAAAUGCAAUUAUUACAACAAACAUUAUUCUCAUACACUCACGUCAUUGCUUUUAUUAUUUUCGUGAAAAAUGUUUUUCCGUGAAAUUCUCGAAACUACGCCACGCCUCCAUUCGUUUCCUAAAAAAGAUGGGGGGCUUUGGCAUCGUUUUGAAUUUAGAUCACGUUCCACUUUCGAUUCUGUCAAAUGCAUAAAUAUAAGAUUAUAACGAUAACCAGUUGAACAAGCUCUUCAAUAUUAAUCUAUAAAAGAAAGUUCCAAGUCUGUGGAAAAAUUAGUUUCCCGAUUUGAAGAAAAUGAUUUGCAAACAAAUGAAAUGUUUGUUAAAUCGAGUUUUUGUUUUGAAACCUAUUAGAUUUUAUUUAACAUGUAAUCAAAUCAACAAUUGUAGCACGUAAAGAUGCAAGUCAGCAAAAAUCACUUACAUUUCUUGAAUUCAAUAAAAGCGACAUUAAACUGCA